GAGAGUGUACGAGGGGAGCGUUUGAUAACUGCGAGUCUAAAUGGCGGAUGCGGAGAAGAAGCCGUAGCUGGAAACAAUAACAUUUCGGUUCCUUGUCCGGGAGCGGUGCGAGGUGCUUCGAUAUUACCGAGAGAACGCUUUGGAAAGAAGGUGUGUCCGUGCAUAUGAAGCUGGACGCUGGUGGCGAAUUUGCGUGUUUUUCAGCGAUCUGGAGGCUUGCAGCGGUUCUUGCUAAUAAGCUAAUUCGUGAAGCACGGGAAAGGAGCAGCCUCGCUUUGCGUCUCUUCAUGGUGGUUUUAUGAAGAUGGGCGACUCUCUGGGUCUGAUCGGGAAAAGACUGCUUCUCCUCCUUAACGAUGGAGGAGGAUCUGCUGCUGCCCCUGCUGUUGCCCCUGCUGCUGCUGCUGUGAAUCAGAGCGCCCUACAGGCGGCCUGGCUCCGGGGGACCGUCCGGGCAGUCAGUGUUAUCGGACUGGCAAGUCCUGGGGUUGAGCUUCUUUUAAGAGGAUGUCAGUAUCAGGUGUUCCUGGAGUUCGAGGACAGCCCGUGGAGGCAGCGCUCCUGGGUGCAGGUGUACGGUGAUGAGGUCCGAGCAGCUCUGAUGGAAAGCACUGUCGUGUGGGCUCCAGUAAAUGAUUCGUCCAUUUCCCCAGCCGGAGGAACGUCUCCCAGCCACUGGCCUGCCCUGGUGUUUCAGCCACUCGUGGACCGUGUCGGAUUAGGAUCUCUGGUUCCUGUUGAGUUCUUUGGAACUAGAAAACUGGAAUUUCUCCCAAGUGGAAGUUCACUCCAGAGAUUUGAGGCUGAGAAAGAUGUGAGGCAUCCACUCCUGCAGGAGCAGCCAGCACUCCAAGCAGCCAUCAGCAGCUGGCACCGGGACUCCGAACUGCAGGAGAUACUGAGGAAAGGGACAUACACAAUUCAGGGCAGAAGGGUGCAGGUGUACCAGCCCGAGUUUGAAGAACCUUGGUCGCAGGGGCUCGUGUCUCAGCACGAUCCUGUCACACAUAUUAUGGAGAUAACCAUGGACCAGAGAGAAGAGACACAGGUUGUUGACCCACGAGUCAUUCAUGUAAGGCUGGCUGUGGACUCAGCAGAUGAGGAUCGUCAAAGGAAGGAGGCAGAGGGAGCGAAGGCCGAGUGUGGGCGCCGACGUCGGACAGCUUCCGAAGGAGACGAGGACGUGACCCUGAAACGAUUUAAAGGAACAGGGGAGGUUGAACCAAACGGCCAGACUGACAGCGGUUUGGUGACUGCAGACUGUGAAUCGACGGAACAUUCCAGCAGCAGAUCUACUGGGAUCAUUAAGGAGAAUGGAAACACCACCCUGAGUCAAGACAAAACAGGUCCUCUGGCAUCCACAGCAAUUCCCACAUCCACCUUGACUCCACCGCCUCUGAAGCCUGCGCCAUCUGCCUUUUCUACCACAUUUCCCUCUUUGGGUCAGAUGCCUAGUUUGGUGCCUGGAGCUCCUGCAUCCAAGGUUGCUUCCACAGCCCUGGCACCUGAAAGAGACGAUGGAAUUAUUUCAGCCUUUCCCAGAUCUGCUCCUUUGAUAUCCCCAGGCCCUGUCACCAUCUCCUCACCAUCCCAAGACAAUGCUCCCAGCGUGGUCCUUUCUGCUACCCCAGAAGUCAACCAGCAAGCGCCUGUUUGGGGAUCACUUCCUGAAGCAAGCCAGACCCACAAGACUACCACACUUGCUUCUGUGGGAGUCAGUCUUUCCCAGCCUAAGCAGUCUAGCGGGGCUGUGUUCGGUGACGUCCCUGCACAAACAAAUGGAGCUUCCCAGGAGAACAAGGAGCCCUUUGGAUUUUAUUUUGCUAAACCACAAGAACCUCAGCAGCAGGCAUCUAAUCCAUCACAGAACUUAUUCUUUCAAUGUAUGUCUCAAACACAAACUCAGAGCCCAGGUAUCACUCAAGGCCAGUCAAAAGACUCUAACUACUUCACAGCUUUGGCAAAAAACGUUAACAAGGAGCCACCGACCCUUUUCAAGCCUGCUGCUGCUUCUGAAGGCCUAAAAAAGGCUGUUGUUGCCUCUGCAUCUGCAGGAUUGUUUGGUUCUGCACCAGCUGGUGGCCUGGCAUCUGUAAAAGAGCAACCCAAAGUGCCUGAUGUCAUGCCAGCAGGUAAUGGAAUUUUAAUAAACAAAUCUUUUGGAACAGGAGGAGACCCACUGACAAAAUUGGCUCCCGGUUUCCCCCCAGCUGUUAGCAGCAACCCUGUUUUGGGUUCAGGGGACAUUUCUAAACCUGCUUUAGGGCUUGGGACCUCUUUGGUUCAGGGCUCUGCUGCACUGACUAGUCCUGGUGCUGGCAUGAGAAAUGCUACCAGUGCUAGCCCUGCUAGUGGAUUUGGUUUGGCAGGGCUAGCCAGCAAGGGUUCAGAACCUCAUGAGAACUUGUUCCUGGCAGCCUCAAAAGAGACUAAUCCAUUUCUUGCUUAUAGCGGAGCAGUCUCGAAUAGUCCGUUUAGAGGGGUGACCACUCCAAAUCUGUCCCCGCCAGUAUCCACUAGUCAGUCUGCAGGAGGCAGCAGUAUUCUUAGCCAAGAUCCACCUGCCACUAGUGGCCAAUCAAAUUUAUUCACCAUGGUUGAACCCCCUAAAGGAAUCCUAUCUUCCCAGUUUCCUGGCUGCUCUUCCUCGUCUGCUGUGUCUUUUAUGCCACAGCACAUAAUUGACCAAGAGCUCCAACAAAACGAAGAGGCUACGAAUGGUGUGACUGGAGCAUGUCCCAACAUGGAAAGUGUGUUUUCAGAAGAUCAGGCAGCCCCCAUUCUUUUUGAUCAAGCAUCGCAGAAGUUCACUCUGGAUGAUCGCUGUCAGUCAAGCAAACGGGACUCUGACUCCAGUACAAACAGUGACCUGUCUGAUUUGAGUGAAGCUGAAGACUCUACUGAACAAACCCAAAUGCCUGUCAUGCACUCCGCAUCUACAGAUGGGUCGGAUGUGCAGAAGGCCAAAGUCCAGGCUGCUAAGAGCAGGCAAAGGAGCAAACCCUUCAAAGUUGGUCAGUCAAUACUGAAAGACCAGAAUAAGGUGCGACGUUUAAAGCAGUCUGGUGAAGCCUUCCUGCAGGAUGGCUCCUGCAUAACUGUGGCUCCGCACCUGCACAAGUGCAGAGAGUGUCGUCUUGUGCGCUAUCGCAAGGCCCGUGAGCAGGAUUUGGAGGAGGAUGACCCCAAUGUGGCCUGCCGCUUCUUCCAUUUCCGCAGGCUAGCAUUUACAAAAAAGGGAGUGCUUCGUGUGGAGGGCUUCCUGACCCCGCAGCAGAGUGACAGUAUGGCCAUGGGCUUAUGGCUACCUUCCUCAAAUACACAGGAAAGCCUUGACCUGGACACAUCGAAGUACAUCUUAGCUAAUGUGGGUGACCAGUUUUGCCAGCUUGUCAUGUCUGAGAAAGAGGCUAUGAUGAUGGUGGAACCUCACCAAAAGGUGGCAUGGAAGCGGGCAGUGAGGGGCGUGAGAGAGAUGUGUGAUGUCUGUGAGACGACGCUCUUUAACAUCCACUGGGUGUGUCGCAAAUGCGGUUUUGGCGUGUGUCUAGAUUGUUACCGGCUACGAAAAAACCAGCCACAUGACGAUGUAGAGGAGAACCCAGAUGAUGAAGUUUUCUCCUGGCUCAAAUGUGCUAAAGGCCAAAAUCACGAACCCCAGAACCUUAUGCCCACUCAGAUUAUACCUGGCACGGCACUCUACAACAUCGGGGACAUGGUACAUGCUGCUCGAGGCAGAUGGGGAAUUAAAGCCAAUUGUCCUUGUACCAGCCGGCUCAACAAACCUGCAGCACGGCCCAAUGCACCCAAUGGCCUUGCACAAUCAGGGACAACCUCUACCACAGGAGACGGGGCUGCGUCUACUUCAACAACACCUCAUCCAGACGGGGAUCUGGUGAUGGCCACAGUGAAAGUAGAACCCAAUGCAGAGGGAAACAGUGCUGACACAUCCGGCAGCAGUGCUAACAGCACCGCGGCAGGUCCUGCCAGUGCCCUUACCCCUGGUUCUAAAGAUAUUAGGGGUAACUCCUCUGCUCUACAUUGGUUGGCUGACCUAGCCACACAGAAGGCUAAAGACGACUCUAAAGUCCCUCAAGACUCUGGCUCCCUCCGGGCCAUGAUGAGUCGUGAUUCUCGUUCUCCGUUUGGUUUGGAUGCAUUCAGCACUCUGUCCAAACCAGCAGGCCCCACUCCAAAGCUUUUCAAUAGCCUACUGCUGGGCUCUGGGCCAACCCAGCCUAAAGCUGAAGGUACCAGUCUGCGGGACCUGCUCAACUCUGGCCCGGGCAAACUGCCCCAGGCUCCUGAUGGUGGAGUCCCUUUCCCAUCAGUAUUUUCCUCUUCAGCAGGGGCUGAUAAAGCAAAGGGAGGUCUACCCACCAUCCUGGACCACAUCAUUGCCUCGGUGGUGGAGAAUAAGAAAGCUGAGGGUCGUCGAGUCUCUGGGUCAGGGGAGGGCAGUGAGCCUGGCAAUGUUACACGCAGAGAAGGGGUGAUGGGUCUGAGCGUACUUGAUCCCCACACUUCCCAUACGUGGCUGUGUGAUGGCCGACUCCUUUGCCUUCAGGACCCAAGCAACAGCAACAACUGGAAGAUCUUCCGUGAGUGCUGGAAACAGGGCCAGCCGGUGCUGGUGUCGGGCAUCCACAAGAAGCUGAAAUCUUAUCUGUGGAUGCCGGAUGCUUUCAGUGAUGAGUUCGGAGAUCAGGAUGUAGACCUGGUCAACUGCAGGAACUGCGCAAUCAUCUCUGACGUCAAGGUCCGAGACUUCUGGGAUGGCUUCCAGGUCAUCUCGAAACGGUUGCAAGGUACUGAUGGGCAGCCGAUGGUACUGAAACUUAAAGACUGGCCACCUGGAGAAGAUUUCCGUGACAUGAUGCCUACAAGGUUUGAUGACCUUAUGGAAAAUCUUCCCCUACCUGAGUAUACAAAAAGAGAUGGACGACUGAACCUGGCAUCCCGUCUUCCUAACUUCUUUGUGCGGCCAGAUCUGGGUCCCAAGAUGUACAAUGCCUAUGGUCUGAUAUCAACAGAGGACAGGAAGGUCGGUACCACUAAUCUGCAUCUGGAUGUGUCCGAUGCUGUUAACGUGAUGGUAUAUGUGGGAAUUCCAGAGGGGAAUGACGAUCAUGAAAAGGAAGCAGACCCCGCUGGACACAAAGAGGUUUCGAUCACCAUCGAGGAGGGCGACGUGGACGAGAUGACUAAGAGGAGGGUGUACGAGGGGAAGGAAAAGCCAGGAGCGCUCUGGCACAUCUAUGCCGCUAAAGACGCAGAGAAAAUCCGCGAGCUCCUACGCAAGGUGGGAGAGGAGCAGGGUCAGGAGAACCCUCCAGAUCACGACCCCAUCCACGACCAGAGCUGGUAUCUGGACCAGGUUUUGCGUCGCCGCUUGUAUGAAGAGUACGGAGUUCAGGGCUGGUCCAUUAUCCAGUUCCUGGGAGACGCCGUGUUUAUUCCAGCUGGAGCGCCUCAUCAGGUGCACAACCUCUACAGCUGUAUUAAGGUAGCGGAGGAUUUCGUCUCUCCCGAGCACGUGAAGCACUGCUUCAGACUGACGCAGGAGUUCCGGCAUCUGUCCACCACACACACUAACCACGAGGACAAGCUACAGGUGAAGAACAUCAUCUACCACGCUGUGAAGGACGCCGUAGGAACGCUGAAAGCUCACGAGGCUAAGCUGGCGCGGUCGUAGUUCCACUUGUCUAAAGAUGCAGAGAGACUGAGUGUUGAUGGGCACUUAAAAUGAGUUUGAUCGAGUGCCAGGGUGCUCACAGAACACGCUCAUUAAUUUGAGGCAUCUGUCAGCUUCAGGCUUAGGAUGAAGGAAGCGCUUCAUCAGUGUUAAAAACACCAUCAUUUAGUUAUUUUUAUUUUUUUUUUUUUUUUUUUUAAACAACUCAUUUUUUUUUCUCUGUAUCUAAAAUGUCUGUUUUUUUCUAAAUGUGGAAUGUUUGUGGGACUGUUUAUUGAGAAGCCGAAAGGAUCGUUUUUUUUGUUUGUUUGUUUGUUUUUUUAUAUAAACAAAAAAUGUUCAGCUUCUCCUGAGUAAAUAUGAGCACUGGGUUUCUUUUUAGCCAACUUCAAUGGUUUGUUUUCUUCAACUCUGUAUGUAAAAGAAGUAAAAGGAUGUCAAAAAAAAAAAAAAAAUUCCUUCCAGACCCUGGUUGACAUGGACAUAAAUUUUGAAUGGAACUAGACCAAAGUUUUGUAUUUUUAGUUUUUAAUUUCAACUAAAACGAAACCAUCUUGGUCUUAUUUCCUUUUUUUUAUAGGCCUUUAGGCAAAUUGUUUCACUGAUGAACGCUAGGCUGGCAUUGAGAUAUGUUUGUUGAAAUAUUAAGAAUUCCAGUUAUGAAUUGCUGGUCAUUAUUAUGUAUCAAUAUGUAUUGAUCUUAGCUGUGUGUAUGAUUUUUUCAAAAUAAAGUUUACAAAAAAUUUGA